AGUCACAGAGCAGGCGGGGGCCGAGCGGGCUGGGCCCGGGCCCGGGGCCGGUGGCGGUGGGCGGCCCCGCCAUGGCCCAGUUCGAGACGCAGUACCAGCGGCUGGAGAGUUCCUCCACCGAGUCACCGCCCGGUGGCGGCGACCUGCUCGUCCACGUCCCCGAGGGCGCCAAGUCUCCGUGGCAUCACAUCGAGAACCUGGACCUCUUCUUCUCUCGCGUCUAUAACCUGCAUCAGAAGAAUGGCUUCACUUGCAUGCUCAUUGGAGAGAUCUUUGAGCUCAUGCAGUUCAUCUUUGUGGUGGCAUUCACCACCUUUCUUAUCAGCUGUGUUGAUUACGACAUUCUCUUUGCCAACAAAGCUGUAAAUCACAGCCAGCAUCCCAGUGAACCCAUUAAGGUGACUCUGCCAGAUGCUUUCCUGCCUCCAAAUGUCUGCAGUGCAAGAAUCCAGGCAAACAGCUUCCUCAUCUGCAUCCUGGUGAUAGCUGGGGUUUUCUGGAUCCACCGACUUGUCAAGUUUAUCUAUAACAUUUGCUGCUACUGGGAGAUUCACUCUUUCUACAUCAAUGCCUUGAAAAUACCCAUGUCCACCCUGCCAUACUACACAUGGCAGGAGGUGCAGGCCCGCAUUGUGCAGAUCCAGAAGGAGCACCAGAUCUGCAUCCACAAGAAGGAGCUGACGGAGCUGGACAUUUACCACCGCAUCCUCCGCUUCAAGAACUACAUGGUGGCCAUGGUGAACAAGUCACUGCUGCCUAUCCGCUUCCGCCUGCCCCUGCUGGGAGACACCGUCUUCUACACGCGGGGGCUCAAGUACAACUUUGAGCUCAUCUUCUUCUGGGGGCCUGGUUCCCUCUUUGAGAACGAGUGGAGCCUGAAGGCUGAGUACAAGCGGGCUGGGAACCGCCUGGAGCUGGCUGAGAAGCUCAGCACUCGCAUCCUCUGGAUCGGCAUUGCUAACUUCCUCCUCUGCCCCCUCAUCCUCAUCUGGCAGAUCCUCUACGCCUUCUUCAGCUACACAGAGAUCCUGAAACGGGAGCCGGGCAGCCUGGGGGCCCGCUGCUGGUCUCUCUAUGGCCGCUGUUACCUCCGUCACUUCAAUGAGCUGGACCACGAACUGCACUCGCGCCUCAGCAAAGGGUACAAGCCAGCUUCCAAGUACAUGAACUGCUUUAUCUCCCCGCUCCUCACCAUCGUGGCCAAGAACGUGGCCUUCUUUGCUGGCUCUAUCCUGGCUGUGCUCAUCGCUCUCACCAUCUAUGAUGAGGAUGUGCUGGCGGUCGAACACGUCCUGACCACGGUCACCCUGCUUGGGGUGGGCAUCACGGUGUGCAGGUCUUUCAUCCCUGACCAGCACCUGGUAUUUUGCCCAGAGCAGCUGCUGCGAGUCAUCCUGGCACACAUCCACUACAUGCCUGACCACUGGCAGGGCAAUGCCCACCGCUACGAGACCAGGGACGAGUUUGCCCAGCUCUUCCAGUACAAAGCGGUCUUCAUCCUGGAGGAGCUCCUGAGCCCCAUCAUUACCCCCCUGAUCCUCAUUGUCUGCCUGCGACCCAAGUCCUUGGACAUUGUGGACUUCUUCCGCAACUUCACUGUGGAGGUGGUGGGUGUGGGUGACACCUGCUCCUUUGCCCAGAUGGAUGUGCGCCAGCAUGGCCACCCUGCGUGGAUGUCAGCAGGAAAGACGGAGGCCUCCAUUUACCAGCAGGCCGAGGACGGCAAGACAGAGCUGUCCCUCAUGCACUUUGCCAUCACCAACCCCAAGUGGCAACCACCUCGCGAGAGCACAGCCUUCAUCGGCUUCCUGAAGGAACGGGUGCACCGGGACAGCAGUGUGGCACUGGCUCAGCAGGCUGUGCUGCCUGAAAAUGCCCUCUUCAGCUCCAUCCAGUCCUUGCAGUCGGAGUCGGAGCCACACAGCCUGAUUGCCAAUGUAAUAGCAGGCUCCUCAGCACUGGGCUUCCACAUGGGCCGGGACGGACAGGCCUCCCGCCACCUCUCCGAGGUGGCCUCGGCCCUGCGCUCCUUCUCCCCUCUUCAGUCUGCCCUGCAGCCUUCCGGUGGCUUCCAGACAGCAGGAAGGGAUGGAGAGGGAGCCCAGCCUCGUGGCGCUGGUGUCAUGACAGCCUCUGGUGCUGAUGCGAGGACUGUGAGCUCAGGGAGCAGCGCCUGGGAGGGUCAGCUGCAGAGCAUGAUCCUGUCGGAGUACGCCUCCACCGAGAUGAGUCUCCAUGCACUCUACAUGCAUGAGUUGCACAAGCAGCAGGCUCAGCUGGAGCCCGAGCGGCACACUUGGCACCGUCGUGAGAGUGACGAGAGCGGCGAGAGCGCCCACGAGGAGCUGGACACUCAGCGUGGUGGCCCCGUCCCUAUCCCUCGCUCUGCCAGCUACCCCUUCUCCUCAUCGCGGCAGCCCGCCGAGGAGACAGCCACACUGCAGACUGGCUUCCAGCGGCGAUAUGGGGGCAUCACAGACCCAGGCACAGUACACAGAGCCCCAUCACACUUCUCCCGCCUCCCUUUGGGAGGCUGGGCUGAGGACGGGCAGUCAGCGAGACACCCAGAGCCUGUACCAGAGGAGAGCUCAGAGGAUGAGCUUCCACCGCAGAUCCACAAGGUGUAGCCUUGUAGACUGGGGAUCUGAUGGGGGUUACAGACUGGGAGCCGCCUGGGCAGCAGGACGUGGCGUCAGCCUGAUGCUUCUCCUGUCCUGAGCGGUCAGGAUCAUCCCAGGCUCCGUUUUGUUGCCAUCAGCUGCCGAAGAGACAAAACUGCCCGGCCAGUGGCUUUGUGGCAGCACCUCGUGUCCAGCCGUGUGUCAAGUCAACGCCACUCUGACUCUUGUGGGGUGAAUGUGUGUGAGUACAUACCCGUGUCUGUGGUCA